GAGAUAGAAAGAAGUUGAUAACUACUCUGAUGAAGAAGAUUGAAGCACCAAAGACCAUACAAUGCAUUUCUCCAUAAGGUGAGAGAGGUCAAUGAGACAAUUAACAAAAAGUUGAAAGUUUUCAUCUUUUAUUUCUUUUUUUUUUCUAUAAAAUUAUCAAAAGAUGGAGUAAAGCGAAUAGAAAAGCUUUCCCCUUUAUGUGAUAUAAAAAGAAAAAUUCAGAAAAACAAAACUCUUUGUUUCUCUCUCUUAACUCAUAAACUUUUCUUCUUUUAUUAACAAAGAUGUAAAACACACAAAAUCAUCUCCACCAAAUAAAUAAGAAAAAAAAAAUCUCUACUUCUUCCAUCCUACAUAAAAGAACAAAAGAUUCAUCAAAUUUGUUCUUACUUUUCAUUAGUCACAGUACCCUCCCUAUACACUUUCACUACAAACCUCAUCCAAUGAUAGACUACGAGAGAAGCAACAACACCAAGAUCAUCAACCAUCAUUGUAAUCCUCCUCCAUCUUCAUCUUCCUCCGAUCUUCCUCCCGACAGUAAUGGAGCCGCCGUGACCCAAAAGAGGAAACGUCGACCCGCCGGCACACCAGAUCCAGAGGCUGAGGUGGUAUCUUUAUCACCUAGAACACUACUUGAAUCAGACCGGUAUGUGUGUGAGAUAUGUAACCAAGGUUUUCAGAGAGACCAGAAUCUACAGAUGCACAGGAGACGACAUAAAGUUCCAUGGAAGCUUCUUAAAAGAGAGACAAACGAGGAAGUGAAGAAGAGAGUCUACGUUUGUCCAGAGCCGACAUGUCUCCACCACAACCCUUGUCACGCCCUCGGUGAUCUCGUGGGAAUCAAGAAACACUUUCGAAGGAAACACAGCAACCAUAAGCAGUGGAUCUGCGAGAGAUGCUCAAAAGGCUACGCUGUUCAGUCUGAUUACAAAGCGCAUCUCAAAACCUGUGGCACUCGUGGCCAUUCCUGUGAUUGCGGCCGCGUCUUCUCCAGAGUGGAAAGUUUCAUAGAGCACCAAGACAACUGCACCAUGCGCCGAUCUCAAUCCUCCAGCCACCGUUCACAACAACAUACCACAAACACGACACAAACCGCUUCAACCGCCGAGAAUAUUAACCUCUCCGUUGGUCCGGUAUUGCCAAGACAAUCUCCACCAUCUGAUCAAAAACCAUCCAGUUUAUUUUGUCCUUUCGCUGGCUCAAGCGCUACUACUGGCAGUGGCAUCGAGCUUCAGCUACUUCCAUCGCGGGCUAGUGCUGAUGAGACCAGCCUUAGUCUGUCCAUAGGGAUGGAGACAACAAUGAGAAGCUAUGAGAAGGGAGAGACGAGCUUACCAUUGGGAGAAAGAGAGGAAGCGAAAAGGCAAGUCAAAAUUGCGGAACUAGAGUUUGCUGAAGCUAAGAGGAUAAGGCAAAAUGCAAAAGCUGAGCUUCACAAAGCUCAGCUUUAUAGAGAAGAAGCAAGUAGGAGGAUCAAUGCAACGAUGAUGCAAAUCACUUGCCAUAAUUGCAAGAAACAUUUUCAAGCUGUUGCUGCUUCGGGUCAUCCUCCUCAGCCGCCUUGGACCGAUGAGAGUAUGUCUCUUGCCGUGAGCUAUGUUUCAUCGGGGACUACUGAAGGUGAAAAAGCGAGUGAUAGAGCGUCGUCAUAGACCAUAUUCUGCCCUUUUUUUUGUUAUUUUAUUGGAACUGAAGAUGAUCUUUUAAUAUUCUUUGGAGUUUUCGAAAAAUUCUUGGUUUGUUUUUUUUUUCUCAAACAAAAACCGAAGAAGAAAAGAGUUUUGUUAUAUGAAAUAUGUGGAUUGUAACUUUGUUUGCUGGAUCUUGUAACUUUGGUUAGUGUAAUAACCGUUCUUGGGUAAUAUAAAUCAAGAACGGUUAUUUAAUUUACCUUUAACAAAG